UAGUUAAUUCGCCAAAUUUUGAAGUUAUUCGUGGCUAGUCUUUUGUAAGCGAAGGUGCGGUGUUUUUUAAAAAUGAAAUCGCUAGUUUUAUCUCUAGUCAGCUUGCUGGCUUUAUAUUCAGUAAAUUGUGAAGUGUAUUACGAAGAAAAAUUCCCCGAUGAUUCAUGGGAAUCCAAUUGGGUAUACAGUGAGCACCCCGGAAAAGAAUUCGGAAAAUUCAAAUUGACUGCUGGAAAAUUCUACAAUGACCCAGAGGAAGAUAAAGGUCUACAAACCUCGGAGGACGCCAGGUUCUACGCCCUGUCCCGCAAAUUCAAGCCUUUCUCAAACGAAGGCAAAGACCUAGUGAUUCAGUUCACAGUCAAGCACGAACAGGACAUUGACUGUGGAGGCGGCUAUGUGAAGGUGUUUGACUGCAACCUAGACCAGAAGGACAUGCACGGAGAGAGCCCCUACGAGAUCAUGUUUGGUCCUGACAUCUGCGGUCCUGGCACCAAAAAGGUGCAUGUGAUCUUCAGCUACAAGGGCAAGAACCACCUCAUCAAGAAGGACAUCCGCUGCAAGGACGACGUGCACACCCACCUGUACACUCUGGUGGUGAAGCCUGACAACAAGUACGAGGUGCUCAUCGACAAUGAGAAGGUGGAGGACGGAAACCUGGAAGACGACUGGGACUUCCUGCCACCCAAGAAGAUUAAGGACCCCGAAGCCAAGAAGCCCGAGGACUGGGACGACCGCGCCACCAUCCCCGACCCGGACGACACCAAGCCUGAGGACUGGGACAAGCCCGAGCACAUCCCCGACCCCGAUGCCAGCAAGCCCGAGGACUGGGACGAUGAGAUGGACGGCGAGUGGGAGCCACCCAUGAUCGACAACCCAGACUACAAGGGCGUCUGGUCUCCUAAGCAGAUUGACAACCCAGCUUACAAAGGCGCGUGGAUCCACCCCGAAAUUGACAACCCUGAAUACACUGAGGACAAGAAUCUGUACUUGCGCAAAGAGAUCUGUGCAGUCGGCCUGGACCUGUGGCAAGUCAAGUCGGGAACCAUCUUCGACAACAUCUUGUUCACUGAUGACCUGGAAGUUGCCAAGGCACGCGGCGAGGAGCUCAAGAAGACUCUAGAAGGAGAGAAGAAGAUGAAGAGCGCACAAGAUGAGGCAGAGAGGGAGAAGGAGAAGGCUGAGAAGCCGGAGGAGGAGGAUGAUGAGGAUCUGGAUGAUGAAAUUGCUCCCGAGGGUGAAAGUGCUCCUGUGGAGGAGCACGAUGAGCUGUAAAUAGUGUAGUGUGUGCAAUAAAGACAUUUGUUUACCGUACGGCUACGGUACGCUCACCGUACGGUUGUGGUACGCUCACCGUACGGCCACCACACGGGGCAGCACUGUCGCGUAUCACUGACGCGAAGCAUGUUUCGUUCUCUAUAUUUGCAGUGUACUAUUUUCUAUUUACCUAGAAUAAGCUUUUCGCUUAGAGAGAAACUUAAAUCAUGUUAAAAUUAAGUAUGUAAAGAUACGCCAGUGUUUUUGGGCAAAAUAUUACCCAAACACAUGUCAUUGGGGGAAAAUAGGAAAUAGUAUAAAGUAAUGGAACCGAUGCGACAUUUUAGUUGGCUAGUCUGUCGCUGCGGGUUUUAAGCACGUGUGACUCGAAAUAUUCCAUUUUUUAGUCCGCGCUCGUACAUAGCGCACGGCGACGAGUAUGUAACGUUUAAAAACUGCCAUAACUGUGUAUAUUAGCCUAUUUCACUAUCAAAUAAUGUGCUUUGGUAUAAGUAUUUUAUAUUUUCAAUGAAUGUUUAUAAUAAAGUAAACACGCAGCUACUAUUAACCGGCUGGGUUAUUACGUUCUCAUAAAUAACUAUAAAACUAUAGGCUUUUUGUUACUGUCAUGGCAGUGUGCUAUUUACGCGCGUGGACUCUUGUACUAUCCGGGCGCGCUUGUCCGUGCGUCUACGGCACUGAUUUUGUAUAUAAAUAAGGAUGCGAUCAGUUUAUUUGUUAUUUAUAUUAUAUGCGGCACUGUGUGUCGGUGAAUGGUGUGUUUGUGUCACAGUAUUGGCCGACAUGGCCAGCUGUGUGUCGACAUAUUGGCCAUGUUGUCUGGUCUAUUGGCCGAUAUUGUGAGGCGAACGUGUGUUAUCAGUUUACAUUGUGAAAUGAGUCUGAUUAAAUUAAUAUAAAUUGA